CCUCCAGCUGGCAGCUGCUAGGACUCAGGGGGCUGGCAGCGGGCCCUGCCCCUCCCCUGCUAGCUCCGUGUGUCUCCAAAGGGCAGCAGCAGAGUGACAGCCAGUACCAUCUCCGGCAGAGGCUGAGUGGCUGGGCCGGGGCGGGGGAGAGCCAGCAGGCCGCGACCGCACGCUGCCAGGCACCCACCAAGCCCCCAGAGAAUGGCAGCCGGGGCGUCGGGGCGCCUUCCGGGCAGCCGGUGAGGCGAGGGGCCCAGAGGCGCAGGGGGCAGGUAAUGGGCAGCGCGGCGCCGGAGGGGCGCGCCGUCGGCUCCCCGCGCACCGGCGCAGGCGGCGGCUGAGCGCGCCGAUGGCCAACGCCACGGGGCCGAUGGCCACGGACCUCGCGGGCUCGGCGGGCUGGAUCCUGGCUGUCCUCGUGGAGGUGGGCGCCCUGCUGGGCAACGGGGCCCUGCUGCUCGUGCUGCUGCGCACGCCCGGACUGCAGGACGCGCCCUACCUGGCGCACCUGUGCGUCGUGGACCUGCUGGCGGCCGCCUCCAUCAUGCCGCUGGGCCUGCUGGCCGCGCCGCCCCCGGGGCUGGGCCGC